UGCAAGACAGGGUUGUAUAUGUUUGCCGGUGUCUAGUUUGAUAUCGUCUCUCACUCGCCGGGCAGUCGCUACCCGCCGACCUCCCGCUCUCAGCCACCUCACGUUCACGGCCUGCAGAUGAGCCAGUCGCCGCCCCGCAAGAGGCCACUGAUCGAACCGGCAGCGGCUGGGAAGCGACACUUCGCCGCCCUGGUGCUGGCCCGGGGAGGUAGCAGGGGGAUCCGGCUGAAGAACAUCAGGCUGCUGGCCGGUCGGCCGCUCCUGGCUUGGGUGCUGAAGGCAGCCGAGCAUUCAGGGCAGUUCGACAGCAUCUGGGUUUCCACAGACCAUGAUGAGAUUGAAAAAGUGGCAAGAAAGUAUGGAGCUCAAGUGCACCGUAGAAGUGCAGAAGUAUCAACUGAUACUGCAAGUUCUUUAGACAGUAUCUGCGAAUUCCUUAGAAACCACAAAGAUCCUGAGAUGCACAUUGACGUGAUUGGUAAUAUACAGUGCACUUCGCCUUGUCUGCUCCCUUGUCAUUUGACUGAAGUGGUAAAGAUGAUGAAAGAAAAGGAGUACGAUUCUGUAUUUUCUGUUGUAAGACGUCAUCAAUUUCGGUGGUUGGAGGUACAAGCAGCAGAUAAAGCGACAGAGCCACUGAAUUUAAAUCCAGCUAAGAGACCAAGGAGACAAGAUUGGAAAGGAGAGCUCUGUGAAAAUGGAUCAUUCUAUUUUGCUACUACAGAAUUGCUUAAGAACGGAUAUGUCCAGGGUGGUAAAAUGGCUUAUUAUGAGAUGCAGCCAGAGUAUAGUGUAGAUAUUGAUGAAGAACUUGACUGGCCCAUUGCUGAACAAAGAGUUAAAAGGUAUGGUUAUUUUGGCAAAAUGAACAACGUAAACCUUGUUGUUUGUUCCCUGGACUCGCAACUCCAAUGUGAAUGCAAAAAUCGAGGGUAUGAGUUGUCAGAUAUGCCAAGAAUUAAAAAAAUGAAGGGCAAUAACAUUCGGGCUGAAUUCAUCCCUGACUCUAAUAGAGAAAGGAAGAGGAGUACCAUGGAAACGUGGCUGAAGGAAAUGGGCAUCGGUUGGGAGAAUGUGGCUUACUUUGGAAACAAUGACUCUGAUCUCGAAUGCCUGAAGAAAGCUCACUUCAGAGGUGUCUGUGGUGGAGCCGCACCCCAUGUUCAAGAAGUAGCAGACUACAUCUGCAGCAGCAAAGAUAGAAUCUGUGAUGUGGAGGAAUUUAUUAACUACGUGGUACAGCUGAUGGUAAAAUAUAGAGCUGAGAACCCUGCGGAGAGCAAGGCACCUGGAAGCACAAAUGCAAAAAAGGAUCUAAAAACCAAAAUGAACAAAAUAAAUCUUGUCGUUUGUUCCUCAGACUCUACUCUUGAACGUCAAUGCCAAAAUCAUGGCUACAGGUUGUUAGUGAUGCCUGAGGUUGAAAAAAUGAAGAAAAAUAGCAUUCGGGUAGAAUUGAUUCCUGACUCUAAACAAUGGAAGAAAAAUACUGUGGAAAUAUGGCUGAAGGAAAUGGGCAUCGGUUGGGAGAAUGUGGCUUACUUUGGAAACAAUUUCUCUGAUCUCGAGUGCCUGCAGAAAGCUUACUUUGGAGGUGUCUCUGGUGGUGCCACACCCCAAGUUCAGGAGGUGGCAGACUACAUUUGCAGUAGCAAAGAUAGAGCCAAUGAUGUGAAGGAAUUUGUUAACCAUGUGGCUGGGCUAAUGGCAAAAUGCAAAGCUGAGAACAUGGGAGAGAGCACUACGCCUGAAACCACAAACACUAACAAACAUCGGACAACCAAAAAGAAAGAAGUAAACCUUGUGGUUUGUUCCCUGAGAUCACAGUUUGAACAGGAAAGCAAAAAUGAAGAGUACAGAUUGUCAAUUAUGUCUGAAAUUAAAAAAAUGAAGAAUAGCAGCUUUCGGGUAGAAUUUAUUCCUGACUUUGAACAAUGGAAGAAAAAGACCACGGAAGCAUGGAUGAAAGAAAUGGGCAUCGGUUGGGAAAAUGUGGCUUAUUUUGGAAACAAUGACUCUGAUGUUGAGUUCCUGAAGAAAGCUUGCGUUGGAUGUGCUUCUGGUGAUGCACCGUCCCAAGUUCAGCAAGUGGCAGACUACAUCUGCAACAACAGUGGUAAAAUUAGUGACAUGGAGGAAUUUCUUGACCAUGUGGCACUGCUGAUGGAGAAAUGACGGAAUGAAGAAUGUAAGCAGGAGCAAAGCAACAGAAAGCGUGAUCACGCCCAAUGUUAACGUAUUUUGAAAUGAACAAUUUAGAGCCGUGAUCCUCAAAGUGGCAGGAAAAGAGGUAUGGGGUGAAGGAGGGGUAGAGAGGAGGUGAAGGGUGGGAGAUAAAUAGUGUAGUUUGAUAAACAGAGUCCUACAGCAGUGAAGCAGAUCCAUUGGUAAAUCCUGUCCAUGUCAGCCAUCAAAUGUAAAUUACUAAUCCCACUCUUUUUCACCUUUUGUGACACUUGAGCCUUAAUCUAAAUAGUAUUUAAAUUUGUAGGUGAAAGUCCUCUAUUUCCCUUCACCUUUCUCCCCCACUUCAGUCAUUUUUAUCACAAUAGGCUAAGGUAAUUAGGCACUUAGAAUUGUGGAAAUCCAGUCCUCUUGGUUUAACAUAGAGGACAUCAUCUCACUUCCUCACCAUAGCUGUCCAGCUGGAGAUUUCCUCAAACAGAUACCUCAACCUUUGGAUCCAUUUGGUCUUUGGGAGAUGGAGCAAGGGAUGUCUAUGUUGGCAGAGGUUCCACAGGCACCUUUACUUCAGUAUCUGGCAUAUCUGUAUACCUUCCACUAAUAGAAUACAUGACAAAGACAGAGGCCAUUGGGCCCAGACAAUCGAAGCUGGUAUUUAUGCUCCCCUUAAGCCACAUAGUGGUGUUAGGACCUGGGAGAGGUCUUGGCUGAAGUCCGCAAACAGCUACUGCAUCCAAGGCAGAGUUGGGCUGUACGUAGCAUGAGAACCUCCUAUGUCAUAAUAGAAUUGCACAGGCCAAUUUAAAGAAGCUUUGCACACAAGCACUACAUCAGGGUAGGGUUGGUAGCAGCACUGUGAGGUUGUAGUUGGUGCUGUCUCCCAGCUGCAGGGACCUGGUUUUGAUUGAUUUCUGGUGCUGUCUGAGUUUUGACAUACUCUGCCCAUGAAGGGUCCCCUGGGUGUUCUGAUUUCCUUGCACAUCAAAACUGCUUCCUCUUGCAUUUCUGAUAGGUUAAUCAGUCACUAGUGUUGACAAAUUGCAAGAGUGCCUAGAAAGGAGAGAUUAAAGGAUAUUUUAAAUACAAGAAGGUAAGAGGGAGAAUGGGAUGACACUAUUUACUGUUGACAUAGAGACAGUGGGUUGAAUGGACUGUUCUGUGUUGUAACAGGUUAAAUGACAUUGUGACACUUCUGAAAUGGCCAAAACUGGCAAAGCUGUCUAAUGCUUAUAAACAUUUUUGUGAAGUAUACAAAAUAGCAUGAAGAUUUAAUCAGUUUGGUGUAAAUUUUUAAUAGAUAUUCAUAAGUAUUUCUACAGUACAAGCCUAUAUGAACUUGUUAAUUCACCUGAUGUAAUAUUAAGUGGUAGGGGAGUUGAUGGAAAUGUGGGAAGAAUUAGUUUGUCUCUGAUGGCUUUACAGCUAUGGAUCAUAGGACCUAUUUCUGGGUUUUUCAUUUGUGUGAUCUUGGGAAUCUUCAAGUUUGUGUGUGCACAGCUAUUGGGGUAUACAUAGUGUAUGCACAGACCAGCUCAGAGUUGCUACAAAUGUAGCAAUAUAUUUUCAAUAUUUGAGAAUGAAAUACUUGAAUCUCCCACACUGCCUCUUUCCCUUUUUUUUCCUAUUACUUCCACCCCCAGCCUUCUAUUUAUUAAGAAUAAUUUACUGUGUACAUUAUCUUUGAUUAGCAAUGUAAAUAUUGCAAUCUUCAAAUGAAUGUAGUUUGCUUUGAAAUGUUUGAAAUAAAUAACUUAUUUUACUGUG